GUUAAAGAGUGAUUACAGUACUCGUCUGAUGUGAAGGUCUUGACAAGAAAUUUGAAGCUUCCACUUGAAGACGGUGAACUUGAAAACUCUUUGAUCAUCUUCGUUUCUUCAAUUACAUCCUCGGGAACAUCUGAAUCCACUGCGAAACCACACCAUUUUCUCUUCGCAAUGAGUGAAAAUCUUUACGUUUCUGAAGGUCAAGAUGCUGCUGCAAGUAACAUGAAAAUGGUGAGUGAGUUGCUGGAGGGCAUUCAUCUCGUUGCGUCAGUGGAAGCUAUAUCUCUUGGUGCCCGAGCUGGGAUUCAUCCUGAGAUAGUCUACAACAUCAUUUCCAAUGCUGCUGGAAAUUCAUGGGUGUUUAAGGAUCAUGUGCCUAAGUUGUUGAGUGGUAAUGCCAAGCCUCAGUCCCUUGGUAUUUUGGCCCAAAAUUUGGGUAUAGUUUUGGACAUGGCCAAAUCACUUAAAUUUCCUCUCCCCCUUUUAGCUGUUGCUCACCAACAGCUUAUUCUUGGGUCUAGAUAUGUUCUUGCUGAUGAUAAUGAUAAUACACUGAUCAAGGUUUGGGAAAAAGUACUUGGAGUAAAUAUUCAAGAUGCAGCCGCAUCUGAACCCUAUUGCCCCGAGCAAUUGGCAAAUGAAAUUACUGCUAAAUCUGCUGCUGUGAAGAGAAUUGGUUUCAUCGGUCUUGGAGCGAUGGGAUUUGGCAUGGCAACUCAGCUUCUGAAAUCAAAGUUCAUUGUUCUCGGUUAUGAUGUGUAUAAACCAACACUAACUAAAUUUGCUAGUGCUGGUGGCUUAAUUGGCAACUCCCCUGCUGAAGUAGCCAGAGAUGUUGAUGUGCUUGUAAUCAUGGUUACAAAUGAAGCGCAAGUAGAGAGUGUUUUGUUUGGAAAUCAGGGUGCAAUUGCAGCACUUCUACCAGGAUCAUCUAUCAUCAUUUCAUCUACUGUGUCUCCAGGAUACGUAAUAAAACUAGAGCAACGAUUACUAAAUGAGGGAAAAGAUUUGAAAUUGGUGGACGCUCCUGUUUCUGGUGGUGUUAAGAGGGCUUCGGAUGGAACACUUACGAUUAUGGCUUCUGGUCCCGAUGAAGCUCUUAUGAGCACUGGUUCAGUCCUGGCAGCCUUAAGCGAGAAGCUUUAUAUUGUCAAGGGAGGCUGUGGAGCUGGAAGUGGAGUGAAGAUGGUUAAUCAGCUGCUCGCUGGAGUUCAUAUAGCUUCAGCAGCUGAGGCAAUGGCAUUUGGGGCUCGAUUAGGUCUCAAUACAAGGAUGCUGUUCAACUUCAUAGUGAACAGUGCAGGAACAUCCUGGAUGUUUGAAAAUCGUGUUCCACACAUGUUGGACAACGACUAUACGCCGUAUUCUGCACUUGAUAUCUUCGUGAAGGAUCUGGGCAUUGUUACUCAUGAAUGCUCACUUCAUAAAGUUCCGCUUUACAUAUCAACUGUUGCACACCAACUGUUCCUUGCAGGUUCUGCUGCUGGCUGGGGUCGGCAAGAUGAUGCUGGGGUUGUUAAGGUUUAUGAGACACUCACUGGUGUUAGAGUUGAAGGAAAACUUCCCAUUCUCAAGAAAGAAAAUGUCCUUCAGUCUCUUCCACCCGAGUGGCCCCUAGAUCCCACUGAUGAUAUACGUAGAAUGAAUCAAAGUAAUUCAAAAACAUUGGUUGUUCUAGAUGAUGAUCCAACUGGCACUCAAACUGUUCAUGAUAUUGAAGUAAUGACAGAAUGGAGUGUUGCGGCUUUAGUUGACCAGCUAAGGAAAAAACCUACAUGUUUUUUUAUUCUAACCAACUCCAGGGCAUUGAGUUCUGAGAAGGCCAGUGCAUUGAUAAAGAAUAUCUGCAGAAACUUAAGUGAUGCUGCUAAAUCAGUUGAAAAUGUUGAAUAUACAGUAGUUUUGAGAGGUGACUCGACACUGCGAGGUCAUUUUCCAGAGGAAGCAGAUGCGGUUGUUUCGGUACUUGGUCAAAUGGAUGCGUGGAUUAUUUGCCCCUUUUUCCUUCAAGGAGGCCGCUACACUGUUCAAGACGUACACUAUGUUGCAGACUCUGAUUAUCUUCUACCUGCAGGAGACACGGAGUUUGCUAAAGAUGCUGCAUUUGGCUUUAAAUCUUCCAACCUACGAGAGUGGCUGGAAGAAAAAACGAAGGGGCAGAUUCCAGCGAAUAGUGUAACAUCUAUACCCAUCCAACUUCUGAGGAAUGGUGGACCAAAUGCUGUUUGUGAGCUCCUUUGCAGCUUGAAAAAGGGAUCAACAUGUAUAGUCAAUGCUGCAAGUGACAGAGACAUGGCUGUAUUUUCAGCUGGAAUGAUCCAGGCAGAAUUGAAGGGCAAGUCAUUCUUAUGCCGAACAGCUGCUAGUUUUGUUUCUGCUCGAAUUGGUAUUAUUCCUAAAGCUCCAAUACUUCCCAAGGAUUUAGGAAUAACCAAAGACAAGAGAGGUGGACUCAUUGUUGUGGGAUCUUAUGUUCCAAAAACGACAAAGCAGGUUGAAGAACUAAGAAUACAAUGUGGCAAGAAUUUAAAAACCAUCGAGGUUUCUGUUGAUAAACUUGCCAUGAAGUGUGCAGAUGAUAGGGAGCUAGAAAUAAAUAGAGCAGCUGAGAUGGCAGAUUUUUCUCUUGCGGCUUGCAGAGACACAUUAGUAAUGACAAGUCGUGAACUCAUCACUGGAAAAACUCCUUCUGAAUGUUUAGAAAUCAAUUUUAAAGUGAGUUCAGCAUUGGUGGAAAUUGUGCGGCGGAUAUCAACAAGACCUCGAUACAUCCUGGCAAAGGGUGGAAUCACGUCAUCCGACCUUGCUACAAAAGCUCUAGAAGCAAAAUGUGCAAAAGUAGCUGGACAAGCUCUGGCUGGUGUUCCAUUGUGGCUUCUAGGUCCUGAAAGUAGGCAUCCAGAUGUUCCAUACAUUGUUUUUCCUGGUAAUGUUGGUGACAGCAAAGCGUUGGCAGAAGUAGUUAAAUCCUGGGCUCUGCCUUCUAGACAUUUCUCAACAAAAGAACUCCUCCUUAAUGCAGAUAGUGGUAAUUAUGCUGUUGGAGCAUUUAAUGUUUACAAUAUGGAAGGAGCUGAGGCUGUUGUUGCUGCUGCAGAGGAAGAAAAUAGUCCUGCUAUUCUACAGAUUCAUCCUAGCGCCCUGAAGCAAGGGGGAAUUCCGUUAGUUGCUUGUUGUGUCUCAGCUGCUGAACAGGCCAAUGUUCCUAUUGCUGUUCAUUUUGAUCAUGGGACGUCUAAGCAGGAAUUAUUUGCAGCUCUCGACUUGGGAUUUGAUUCAGUGAUGGUUGAUGGUUCACAUCUUCCUCUGAAGGAUAAUGUCUCGUUCACUAAAUAUAUAUCCUCCUUGGCCCACUCAAAAAAUAUUAAUAUGCUAGUUGAAGCAGAGCUAGGGAGGCUGUCAGGAACCGAAGACGACUUGACUGUUGAUGAAUAUGAAGCAAGGCUGACUGAUGUCAAUCAGGCUGAAGAGUUCAUUGAUGAGACCGGUAUAGAUGCUUUGGCAGUGUGCAUUGGAAAUGUACAUGGAAACUACCCUGCCAGCGGCCCAAAUCUCAGGCUUGAUCUUCUCAAGGAUUUGCAUGCCUUGAGUUCAAAGAAAGGCGUAUUUCUGGUGCUUCAUGGAGCUUCUGGCUUACCUAAGGAACUUAUCAAGGCCUGCAUUGAGCACGGUGUGAGGAAGUUCAAUGUGAACACUGAAGUGCGCAAGGCUUACAUGGAGUCACUGAGCAGCCCUAAGAAAGAUCUAGUCCAUGUUAUGGCUUCUGCCAAAGAAGCAAUGAAAGCUGUAAUUGCAGAAAAGAUGCAUUUGUUUGGUUCGGCUGGAAAAGCAUGAUUUUCGAUUGCUGGUUCUAAUUAAUUCAUGUUGUAAUUUUAAUUCAAUAAUUGGGAUGCUUUGCACAGGUUUAAAUUAAUUCAUGUUGUAAUUUUAUUUUAAUUUAUUUUUUGGAAUAUAUGUUUUAAUUUUUAUUUGAUAUUUUCAUUAAGGAUUAAUUUUGAUGUA